AUGGCAGAUCCUGAUGAUAACGAGGCUGAAGCCACUGGUCUACAGCAUUACAGUGGUGAAACCACUCGCGAUAGUAAUGAAGAAAACAUGAAUGAUUCUUUUACUUUAACAUCCAGGCAUAGAGGUAGGAGUGAUACUAUAUCUAGUAUUGUUAGCGGUUAUGAGAUAAUGAAAGAGCACAUGGAUAAGGAAAAAUUUAUAUACCUAAUUCUAGCAAGCCUACUUUUAUACGUAGGAUUUGUCUCGGCGUUUGCUCCUAGGACGUCACUAUCAAGAGACUUCCGGCGAUUCCACUCUUCCAGGUUGACCAAUGCAGAGGUUUACAGAAUAUACUUGAACUCGCUGCAACAGGAAAAUAAAGCGAAAGAACAUGUAUACAGGUAUGCUGGAUGUAUGAGUAACGGCCUGAGUGAUUCAUCGGCCUUUAAAUACACGUUAAACGAGUUUUUGGAUAUGGGAUAUAAGCCUAAAGUCGAAGAAUAUUACCCCUGGACAGGCGAACUGGUAGACACUGAUGUAAGUCUUUUAAAGAAUAGUGAAGUGGUCUAUCGAGCUAGCAUGAUCGAAGAUAAAAUUAAAGGCGAUCCCGCUUCUCACGCUAGUAGGAGGCAAAAAGGUUUUCAUCAAUACUCUAAAAAUGGGGAUGUAACUGCACGUUAUGUAUUUUGCAAUUAUGGUAGCCUCAACGAUUAUAAGCUUCUUUUGAAGAAAAACAUUGAUAUUGAAGACAAAAUACACAUCGUACGAUCGGGUAAAUUAUUACCUGGGUUAAAGGUCAAGAAUGCGGAACUUUAUGGUGCUUCCAGUGUGAUUAUAUACAAGGAUCCAUUUGAUGAUGGUAAAGUUACUGAAAAAAAUGGGUUUUUACCUUAUCCCUACGGCCCAGCAAGAAACCCGAGCUAUAUCGAGAGAGAUUCAGUUAAUUACUUCAGCGAUACCCCGGGAGAUCCAACUACUCCAGGAUAUUCAUCCAAGGAUCCUGACACUGAGCAUAUGCCAUCGGUAGGAAGAGUGCCGAGAAUACCAUCCGUGCCGAUGAGUGCUAAAGAUGUUCAGCCGAUUUUAGCAAAACUAAACGGCAGGGGUUUCCAAAUUGGACCUGGUAGCGAUAUAACAGAUUUUGAAUCAUUCACGGGACCUUCAAGUUCUAUCGAUAAAAUUCAUUUACAUAAUGAGUUAACGUACAAAAUCAAAGAAAUAAGUAGUAUAGAAGUUAACAUCCCUGGUAUAUUCACUGAGGGAGAAAUUAUUAUCGGAGCUCACAGAGAUUCAUUGGCUUCAAGUAGCGCUGGUGAUGCGAAUAGCGGCAGUGCUAUUCUCUUAGAAAUUGCACGAGGUAUGAGCAAAUUAUUAAAACAUGGUUGGAAACCAUUACGUCCUAUUAAAUUAAUUAGUUGGGAUGGAGAAAGAUCCGGCCUUCUGGGUUCCACUGAUUAUGCAGAAGCUCACACUGCCAUUCUUAGAAGAAGAGCCUUGGUAUACCUGAAUCUAGAUAAUGCAGUAUCUGGGACAAACUUCCAUUGUAAAGCCAACCCGCUUUUACAGGAUGUCAUAUACGAGGCUGCCAAGCUUACAGAGUUUAAUGGACAUGAAGACCGGUCAUUGUACGACCAUUGGAAGUACACUUCUAAUGCUACUAUUUCUCUACUUGAUGGGUUAUCUAGUUACGCCUCAUUCCAAUACCAUCUUGGUGUACCAGCUGCUCAUUUUCAAUUCAAUUCCAAUGAUACUUCAGGCGCAAUCUACCAUCGCAAUUCCAUCUUUGAUAGUCCAGCUUGGCUAGAAAAGUUUACCAAUUCGGACUACAAGUUGCAUAAUACCAUGGCCAUGUUUGUUGGUUUGACGACGCUGAUGUUAAGUGAGAACGAGUUAACCAGAUUUAACACGCAUAAUUACUUGAAGAAAACAUAUGACUGGUAUGUCGGAUGGUACUCUAAUUUAUCAUCGGCGUUCCCACAGGACUAUGAAUUGAAAAAUUUAGCAAAGAGAGUUCUAGACUUAUUAAAAGUUGCCACUUGGGAAGAUAGCGUUCAAUUUGAUCAACAAAAUAAUCUUCUCUAUAAAGAAUGUAGAGAAGCGUUACCAGUGUGGGCUUUUUACAAAAAAAUUAAGAGCUAUAUCAAAUUGCAAAGAUCCAACAGUAAAUCGAAGCAAAUUGAUCAACUAUUUAUUACACACAGGGGACUGAAAGACAGGGAGUGGAUGAAGUAUUCUCUUUUAGCACCCAGUAAACUACAGGGAUCUGUAGGGGAAGUUUUGCCUGGACUUCAUGAGGGAUUGGUUGAUAUAGAUAGAAAUGAGGUUAUUCAGUGGUUGACUAUUUUGCUAAGCCAAUUCAGUAACAUUCGUUACUUACUUCAAUAA